AUGCGGUGUAGCAAACAAAAUGAGAGUUGCGAUUCUUCUGGAACACAAGAACCCGACGGCAACAAAUUCAUAUUAGCACUAGUAGUAGGAAUGAGUGCCAAAUUAAUGGUAGAAGUCACCUCUGAAGUCUCUCCAUCAACAGUGGCCUUAGCAGCAGCAACUCGUCAAACAAGAGGUAAAGUCGUGUGCAUUAUUCCGGAGCAAAAACUUGACAAGACUCAAAAGGUGAUCGAAGAAACGGGGCUAAAUGACAUGGUAGAGUUCAAGACAGGGGACCCUGGCGAUGUCUUGCCUAACUACGAGAAGAUCGAUUUCUCUCUCGUUGAUUGCAAGACUAAAAAUUACGAUACGUUGAUUGAAAAACUCGAUGUAAAUCCAGAAAGAUCAGUUGUUGUUGCAAACAAUAUGGAAGGGAGAAAAGUGGUUAGAGGAAAAUUGAAAAAUGUAGUGCAGAAUGAGGUUAAAGUAAGGUCAAUUAAGCAUCCUAUAGGUAAAGGAUUAGAGGCUACUAUGAUUAAAAAAAGCAGAUUAGGAAGUCAUAAUCAUGGUCAUCAAAAAGUAGAGAAAAAGAAAGGUAAAGUGAAAUUGAGUAAGAAAAGCAAAUGGGUGUCUGAGGUUGAUGAAAAAAGUGGUGAAGAACAUAUAUAUAGGAUGACAAAAUGA